AUGAAUGCCCUGAAUUCCUCCGCCGUCAAGCCCACCCUCCUCCGCCACCCUCCGGCCGUCCCACUCCUCAAUCCCCAUCGUCCACUUUUCUCCAACCCCUCGUCUCCCCUUUCCCUGAGAUUCCCGCGGCCGCCGCCCCACCCCCAAUUCUCCAUCUCCUCUCCCGUCAGAGCCUCCCUGCAAAACCCUAACCCCGAGGCUCCCGACAGUCAGUCCCCAAACCCCUUCAAUCGUCGAUUCACGGAUGGAAUCGCCCCUCUGAGAACCACCCUCGCAACCGCCGUCGCCGCCGCGGCCCUCGUAUUCGCCGGCCUCUGUCUCCGCACAAAUCCUUCCGUCGCCGCUCCGGUCAUGCCGGCCACCGGGACCUCCGUGAGGGAUUUCCUUUUUAAGGACGAGGAAAGGGAGAAGCUAAUCGAGGAGAGCCUCCUCUCCAAUCCCAACGACGCCGACCAGCUCAAAAACCUGGUUGAGAUCAAGAUCAAGGGCAGGAAGAUUCGAGAAGCCAUCGAGAUCAUCGAGAGGCUAAUAGAGCUCGAGCCAGACGAUGUGGAGUGGCCCUUGCUGAAGGCCCAUCUCCACGCCCAAGAUGGAGAGCUCCAGCUGGCGAAAAAUGGGUUCAACGAGCUCCUCAAUAAAGACCCUUGUCUCAUGGAUGCCUUUCUUGGGCUCGUGACAGUAGCUUCCCAAGAGGAGUCUGGCCAAGAGCUGAAAGAUAUCGAGAGGAGAGUCGAGGAUUCCAUGAAAUUCUGCAUGAAGGAAAAGAAAAACAGUGAAUUGAGGGAUUUGAAGCUUUUGCUUGCGCAAAUUAAGGUGAUCGAGAGCAGGUAUGAAGAGGCAUUGAAGGUUUAUCAGGAUUUGGUGAAGGAGGAGCCGAGAGAUUUCAGGCCGUAUUUGUGCCAGGGCAUAAUUUACACAUUGAUGAGGAAAAAUGUCGAGGCUGAGAAGAAUUUUGAGAAGUAUAGGAGAUUAGUUCCCAAGGGGCACCCUUAUGCCAGCUACUUUGAGGAUAAUAUGAAUGCGACUAAGAUUAUUGCACAGGCUGAGAAUGAGGGGGCAUGAACAAAAAGAUUAUUCACAAAUCAAGAAUUUUGCUGGUUGCAGAUGAAAGUUGGCCUUUUUUGGGGUCACUUGAAAUCGAAAUGCCUCUGCCAUAAGAUGAUUAGGCGCUCGAUAUGGACUCUCAGUACUUGAUUUAUUUGGAGCUACUUAUCGCAUUUUGUUCUUAGGUAAUAUAAGUGUAUACUGUAAUGAUGAAUGAAAUGAUAGAAACCUUAUUAUCGAAUCUGAGUAGAAAUAAGAGGCAGUUAAAGUGAGUGAGUAUGAAAUUUACUUGGAAAGGAUUUUCUGUCUCAAUGUUAUUAUUAAACUCC